AUGAGACUCUGUAUUUUUUUUAGCACAGGCUUUCUAAUUGGCAUUUUUGUGGGGGUACUUAGCUCGUGCCCGACACUUUUGGCUAACUGCUCGCUCGAGUCUACUCCAGCUCCCACUUUGCUUUCAAUCUUGACAGAUGCUACCCAUGAACCCGGAGUGGAUGGCCGGGUCUCAGAUCUCGCUCGUGCCAUACAAGCAAGGCUUGCAGGAAGUAUCGCUCCUCCGAUUACUGGGGACGGCUCCCUGCCCCUGGUCUGGAAGAUAAUCGAGAAGAUCUUCGCCAGUGGUCGGCAAUUCACUCUUGUCGAUCUCGCCCUUAAGAUUAUCACUUCAGAACUUUUGUCACAGGACAUACUCAUGGGACUCAAUCAGUAUCAGACCUCUCGACUAAACUUGCUUCACAACAGAAAUCCAGUGCUAGCACAUCAACCGCUAUGUCCUAGGAAAGCUGCUCAAGAUGUGCCCUAUAGUGUCGCAGAGGAGACUCUCCGGGCCGCUAUUUACAUACAAGACGAUCUUACCAGGAGAAAAGGUGAACUCAAACCCGUUCUACUCGUUCCUGGCUCGGCCAUUCCUGCCGGAUCGAUGUUCCAGUCCAACCUCGCAAAACUACAAAAGGCCAUACCAGAAGUAAGCAUGGCCUGGGUUAAUGUCCCUUCCGCUUCUCUAGGGGACGUCCAAGUCAACUCGGAAUAUAUUGCAUACGCGAUCAAUUACAUCACCGCCCUCUCGGAAAGUAAUCUGACGGUCAUAGCAUGGUCUCAAGGAGGUCUCAAUACCCAAUGGGCAUUCAAGUAUUGGCCGUCCACGCGCGCCGUAGUCACGGAUCUGAUUGCGAUCAGUCCCGACUUUCAUGGGACUGUGGAGACAACACUUGUUUGCCCUAUCCUCUCGAACGUUGUCUGCACUCCUGCCAUUUGGCAACAAGCGUGGCAUGCAGGCUUUGUUCGAGCGCUGAGACGCGUCGGAGGCGAUUCGGCCUAUGUGCCCACGACGACUGUCUAUUCCUCAUAUGAUCAGAUUGUGCAACCGAUGGGUGGAAAACAAGCUUCUGGGAUUCUUCAAGGUUCCCCGGUAGCAGAUGUGUCCAACAACCAUUUGCAGACUAUCUGCCGGGAUCGGCCCGGCGGUGGCCUCUAUACCCAUGAAGGAGUUCUCUAUAGUUCUUUGGCAUGGGCGCUUAUCGCAGAUGCGCUUCAGCAUGAUGGCCCGGGGGAUCCAUCCCGACUCAACCUCACGAAUGUGUGCGGGCAAUGGCUCCCACCUCAGCUAGGCAUGGAGGAUGUGAAGCGCGCGGAGGGAUUGCUGCUAAUAGCUGUGGCCGAAGUUCUCAAAUACAAGCCAAAAAUAUUUCAGGAGCCUGAGGUUGCGGACUAUGCUUGGUGA